UCGCUCCAUUCACUAAUAUUUUUCCCACUUAUUUUGUUAUUUCUUUUUUAUUCAGGUUUCGAGUGUUGACGAAGGAAGAUGUUCAGACGCGCUUUAAAAAAUAUUCUCCGCAAGGAAUUGCUUGACAAGUGUCAAAGUGAUCAAAAGAUAUUUGCAAGAACUAUUUUGACAUCACAGAGAACUUUCUACAAGCCAAAUUUAGCUGAUAGUGAGAAUGAUAUUUUCGUUUAUUCGCCGCUUCCUUCCAUCAACUAUCCCGAUAUCAGUAUUGAUCAAUAUGUGUGGAAUGAUUUUAACAAAUGGACAAGCAAAACAGCAGUGGUGGAUGGCGUAACCGAACGAGCGAUAACGUAUGGACAACUUCGCGAUCGAUGUCGAGCAUUGGCUAUCAGAUUACAAUCAGUUUUUCAUUUGAAUCAUAAUGACACAAUUGCUGUAUGCCUCCCAAAUUCAAUUGAAUUCCCAAUUGUUGCUUUGGCGGGAUUGGAGGCGGGUUUCAUUGUCACAACUGUUAAUCCAAUUUAUACCGCAGAUGAAAUUUCAAGACAAUUGAAUGAUAGCGGUGCAAAGGUCAUCUUUGGACUUGCAAGCAUGUCGAAUGUUCUACGUCAGGCUGUUGCAAUGACUAAAAAACCAAUCAGAGUUGUUUACUGCAAAGAAACAGAAAGUGAAGCGUUACCCGUUGAUGGCGUAAACUUCAACGACCUUAUCAGUACGGAAGGAAUCGACCUGGGAAGUUUGAAAACAUUUGAUAUUGAUGCUGAUGACGUUGCAAUGUUGCCAUAUUCAAGUGGCACAACUGGACUUUCGAAAGGCGUUAAGCUUUCACAUAAGAACAUCGUUUCAAACAGUAUGCAAAUAAAUUCAGACACUGGGAAAGGUUGCCUUACUUAUCCAGCAAUUGGCACACAUCAAGAUGUUCUACCUUGCGUUUUACCGUUUUUCCAUAUUUACGGAUUAACUUGCACACUUUUGUCGAAGCUUGCCCAUGGAUGUAAACUUGUAACUCUGCCAAGAUUUACACCCGAUACGUUUUUGAAUGUUUUGGAAAAGCACGAUAGUUCCGUGCUUUAUCUUGUUCCACCAAUCAUUAUCUUUAUGAGCAAUUGCGAUAAAUUGCAAGAAAAACACACAAAGUCAAUAAAAUACGUCAUGUCUGGUGCAGCGCCAAUCGGUUCACUUGACGCCGACAGAUUCAAUCUCAAAGCGCCAAAUGCGAAAUUUUUCCAAGGAUAUGGUUUGACAGAAGCUGCACCCGUCGCUUUGAUGUCAGUUCUGGGAUCGAAUAACCAUGCAAGUGUCGGAUUUCCAACACCUGAUGGUGAAGCAAAAAUUGUUCUUGUUGGUGACACAGAGUUUCGAGGUGUUGGACCGAAUGUUAGUGGAGAAUUGUUAGUGCGUGGGCCUCAAGUGAUGAAAGGAUAUCACAACAAUGAAAAAGCCACAAAUGAGACAAUCACGGCUGAUGGUUGGCUGAGAACUGGAGAUAUUGGACAUUAUGAUGAGAACUUCGAGUUUUACAUCACUGACCGUUUAAAGGAGUUGAUCAAAGUCAAAGGUUUCCAAGUCCCACCAGCUGAAUUGGAAGAAAUUCUGAGAAAUCAUCCUGACAUAGCUGAUGCUGCUGUUAUUGGAAUUCCACACCCCACUGCUGGUGAACUUCCACGAGCAUAUGUCGUCGCAAAGAAUAAAAAACUUACCGAGAAAGAUGUUAAGAAAUUUGUGUCUAAGAAAGUUGCUGAGUACAAACGUUUAGAAGGUGGAGUUGAGUUCGUUGAUGUCAUUCCGAAAAAUGCAACUGGAAAAAUUUUGAGAAGAGAACUGAAAGAUCGUUACAAGUCAUCAACAUAAUUUCAACCACAAAUGAUGAAAUUUUCUUCGAAAAUAUUUUUAACUUUUAAUUUUAUACAAACUUAAGUGAUAAUGAGAAAACAAUCAAGAUCAAAACUUAUUAGAUACCUGGUGAAGAACAUUUAUAAUUUAACAAGUCAUAAAACAUAAAGAUAAGACAAUUUUUAAUGAUUGAUAUUGUGGUCAGAAUUGUACGUCGUAAAAGUGUUUAAGUUUAAUUUGUUUUUAUUACUAACAGUACAAUAUUUACAAACUGUAAGAAUUUUAAUUAAGUUUUCUGCUAUCCGAAAUAAGAAGAGUUUGAUUAAGAUUGGAAGUAAUUUUCUAAUUCACAAGAUUUGAGGGAAUUGUGAUUAGAAAUCAGUAUUUGAAUGCACAUUUUCUAAAUAGUGAAAACUUUUACUUGAUUGAGGGAAUAUCAUUAAAUAUUAAUUUUGAUUUUGAUACAGAAGUUCAGAGAAAUGAAUUUUCGAUCUGAAGUUAUGGAAAUUUAAUUAAAGAAAAUGUUCUGAUAACAAUCAAAGAAAUUCGAUAUUUAAAAUGCAAAUUGAAGUUCAUGAAAAAUCAGAAUUCUCGAUAUAAUUUUUAAAUAAAAACUCAAUGCAACUUUAAUUUAUGAUCGGAAGAUUUUGCAUUAAUUGACAUAAACAUUUAAACUUAUAACUAGAAAUGUUCUUCUGACGAUUAUUAUUAUUAAUUUUAAUUUAAAUUAACAGCAAUGAAUUUUGUUUAAAAAGUUUUAACC